CCAUGUAGUUGAAGAAUGAAACGAAGCAAGAUUUAUUCCAUUCGUGCUUCCAUAGCUUUUCUCUCUCCUCCACGGCGCUCUCCUUCAUUAUUUCGCUUCAUUUGCGUGGCGCGCCUCAGUUGCCACAUCUUCAUCUGUGAUUCGCGCUCUCGCUCCGCCACAUCAACAUCUUCUCUCGCGAGAGCAUUUCUCCCUCGCAGGAACCUCAUCUUCGUUUUCGUAUCUUCUGCUUCUCACGGCCUAGAGAAACUUCAUUUCUCUUCAAGUACGUCUCGCGCCUCAAGGUAUUUCUUCUACUUCACGAGUUCAUUCGAAGCACCAAACCCUAGAACACCUCUUCCUUAGGUUUUCUUCCAUUUUCUCCGCGUACAACAAUGCUUUCUUCCUCCUUCAAGCUUCGGACACACCUUAUCCAUGGCAACUACUACACCCAAACCCUAACCACUAAAUUUCUAAGCACCUCUGCUCUUCCACACCAUUAUCAAAGAUUCCCUUCCCACCAAAACCAACAACAAUCACCUUCUGAUCCUACACACUUUCAGCCUCAACAAUGGCAGCAACAUCAGCCUCAACAUUUCAAUCCACAGACCAAUCAAUUUCUUCAUCAUAACCAUCAACCUCGUCAACAUAAUGUGCCUCCUCCACUUCCAGAACAUGGCCAUGAUCAGUGGAAUCCUCAAUCCCCAACCCAUCAAAGCCCUAAUUUUCAAACUCCCACUUCUCAAAAUCCUAACUUACGCCCAUCCACUUCCCCCAAGCAAUGGAACAAUCAAAACCCUGCUACCCCGAAUCCGUGGAGCCCUAGGACUCAGGGGUUCCCAAACCCUAACCAAUUCCAAAACCCUAGUAACCAGCUGAACAACAAUCAAACAUCUAUUCAAGGACAAGCCUCCCCUGCUCUUCCACCGCCACCUCCUUCAAUCACUGAUUUAGCACUUUUGUGCAAGGAGGGUAAUGUUAAAGAAGCAAUAGAGUUGAUGGACAAAGGGGUCAAAGCUGAUGCUGGUUGCUUCAAUCUUCUGUUUGACUUGUGUGGCCAAUCCAAGUCCCUUGAAGAUGCUAAGAAGGCCCAUGACCACUUUCUGCAGUCUUCUUUUAGGAGUGAUCUCAUGCUCAACAACAAGGUGAUUGAAAUGUAUGGGAAUUGUAAAAGCAUGACGGAUGCUCGUAGGGUGUUCGAUCAUAUGCCCAGCAGGAAUAUGGAUUCUUGGCUCUUGAUGAUGCGGGGUUACGCAAAUAACACCAAUGGGGAUGAUGCCUUGCAGUUGUUUGAGCAGAUGAAUGAACUGGGUUUGGAGAUUACUUCAGAGACUUUGCUUGCUGUGUUGUCAGCUUGUGCCAGUGCAGAGGCUGUGGAGGAUGCUUAUGUACAUUUUGAGUCAAUGAAAAGCAAGUGGGGAAUAGAGCCUGGGGUGGAGCACUACAUGGGGCUUUUGGAUGUUCUGGGACAAUCUGCAUAUCUCAAUGAAGCUGAGGAGUUUAUUGCCAAAUUGCCAUUUGAGCCCACUGUAACUGUAUGGGAGAAACUGAAGCAUUAUGCUCGGGUUCAUGGAGACGUUGAUCUUGAAGACUAUGUUGAAGAGUUGAUGGUUAGUCUUGACCCAUCAAAGGCUGUUGUGAAUAAGAUCCCCACUCCACCUCCGAAGAAGUAUACUGCAAUUAGCAUGCUUGAUGGAAGGAACAGAAUUAUUGAGUAUAAGAAUCCUACUCUUUACAAGGAUGAUGAAAAGUUGAAGGCCUUGAGUGGGAUGAAAGAUGCGGGAUAUGUUCCUGAUACAAGAUAUGUUCUUCAUGACAUUGAUCAAGAAGCAAAGGAGCAAGCCUUGCUCUACCACAGUGAACGUCUAGCAAUUGCCUAUGGCCUUAUUAGUACUCCACCAAGAACACCUCUUAGAAUCAUCAAGAACCUUCGUGUCUGUGGUGACUGCCACAAUGCCAUCAAGAUCAUGUCCAGGAUUGUUGGGAGGGAAUUAAUUGUUAGAGAUAACAAAAGGUUUCAUCAUUUCAAGGAUGGAAAAUGCUCUUGUGGGGAUUACUGGUGAAAUCUUUACUUGAAAUCUUCCAGUAGCAUGGAUAUAUCAUUUUCUAUCCCCUCAUACCGGAAAACAGAUGUGCGCCCAAGCUUUAAAUACUACUAGGAUGGAACAUGAAGAAAAUGAUACUCGAACAACUUAAUUUGAUAACAUUUAGACACAUCACACGUGUCGGCAUGUGAGCGGUCCAUGUUUUGAUGGGAAAAGCUGCUGAAAUUUGAGAAAAGCUGCUGAAAUGUGACGUGGCAAGGGACGGGCAGAGUAGAAGUUGGGUUUCAAAUUUGACAUUGAUUUUCGAACUUUGUAGAGAGAAAAACGGCGCAAACAUUGGGUCGGAUGCUGUGACCUAGACAGAGAGACGAGAGAGUUGGAGAAAGGGUUCACGAGCAAGAGAGAGAGACGGAGUGCUUGCCGGAGUGUCGCCGUUCAACGUUGAAGGCCGUGUCGGAGAGAUCGAACCCUCCAGCCCGUUCCGUUUCACGGCGCCGCAGGUCCGACGUGGAGCGCUCGACGCGAACACGACAUCGUGUUUCGUCCGUUCCGGCCCAGCGACUAAGGGAGGCGUUGAAGGUGUCGCUUCGUCCCAGGUGGUUCCAUCCCUGUCCUGGAGUGCUGCCGGAGUGCCGCGGGAGGUUCGUCGGAGUCUCGCCGGAGUGUGGGCUGUUCGGUGGACCAAAAAGAGGGGUUUUCCGGGUUGUCAGUCCCACCCACACCUUAGGCAAUCGUCUCUGUUCCAACCGCCACACGUCGUCUUCACUUAAGGUUGGUUUAUUUUUUGCAUUUUUCAGUGGAAUGAAUGUUUAAUACAUGGAUGAUGUUUGUGGAUGGAUUUGGUUAUGUAUGAAACGUCUCCCAAGUGGAUGUUGUUCUGUUACUCAUUUUUAUAAAGUUCUUUGGUUAAUCUUA